AUGGAGGACUACAGGCGAGCAAAUGGCAGUGUGGUAGAACACCAGUUGCUCAUAAGAGAAUGUUUUAUUCUCUAUUUAUUGAGGAAGGGAUUCCUGUUACAUUUAGAAACUCAGUUGUUGCACCAUUGUUGGUUAAGUAAGUCCAUCAUUUCAGUGAAAAAGAAGGCAUCUCAGUUUGGGGAUUACACUGAGGUACAGAGAACUAGUCUCUCUCUUUCUCUCUCAGGUGCUUACAACUCACACUGUUUCUGCUGGUACCUGCUUCAACCUCUGCCUCCCAAGCUAUGUUGAUCCUAUCCUGUCCUUCCAAGUUGCGGUUCCUGGAAGGACUGCUGAAGAAAAGCCUCCCUCAGACACUUCAGGUGAUCUUGAGCCAUGUAUUCUGGGUUAUUAGCUAGGAAUAUGGUACCAAAUUCUUGCAUCUUCCCAAAGAUCCAAAUUCAGAAUCUGAGAAGUUUUUUUAAAUCCAAUAAAUAGGUGCUUGAAUAGGGUACCAUACAGAUAUACUCCACAGAGAGCUAAUAUUGGCUGCAGCUCCAUACUGAGGGUACAGUUGGUGUGAAAUGUGUAUAUAGUAUGUGAAAUGUCCAUGUGAAUUCCUACAAUUAGUUCAUUGGGUGAUAGGUACUAAGUCCUCACUAGGGAAGAGGGAGAAAUGUGAUUCAGUUUGCAUUUAUAGGUGAACUUACCUAAUUUGCACAUUCUGAAACAAUGCAUGACAAAACUCAGCUGCCCUUUGAAAUCUACAUUUCUCUUAUGAAGUUCUCCAGCCAAGUAACAUUCACAAGACUGAGAGGGUAAACUGUGCGUUAAAAAUGCACAUGUAAGUAAAAUGACAUUGUAUUGCGGAAAUUGCUUUCUAAAAAUGUGUGAAUUAUUAAUAAUCAUGCAUAUUAAGCGAAAUUAACACAAAAAUGCCAAUGAACUUUCAUUUUUGUAAAAAAAUGCAAACUGAUGUAGAAAUGUGGAGGACUGAGCUUAAGACGAGAAAAAUGAUAAACUGAGAGAAACAGAAAAUCAACUGAUUCUUCUAUCCCUGUUCAUCACUCAGGACACCCCACUCAAGGCACGCAGCAGAUACAAGCCCGACACACCACACCACAGAUGGCCUCCCCAGAUCCCACACAUUUCUCCCAGGCUGCCUCCUUCAACUGCAGCACCAACUCUGACAUCCUUUGACUUUUGACAGGUCUGUGGUGAAGUCAUGAACAUAAACCGUGGGAACCCAGUGGGCCAUGAGGUGAUUGUGGAUUCUUGGCCAGAUUUCAAGGCGGUACUGACUCGUCCACAGAGAGGGGUAAUAGCCUUUUUGCAAAGGGUAGCUCAAUGGGUAGAGCAUGAGCCUCUUAAUGUCAGGGUCAUGGUUUGGAGUCCCAGGGUGGGCAAAGAGAUUCCUGCAUUGCAGGGGGUUGAACUAGAUGACCCUCGUGGUCACUUCCAGCUCUGUGAUCCUCUGAUUUUGUGGGAGGUGCUUGGUGGGAUGUCAGCAGGAAAUGCUGCGUGUUCUGUGCUGGGGCCUCCUCUAAGCCAGGCUCAAACUGAAAGGGGAUGUUGGCUUUGGUCUAGGAGCGCACCUUUGGCAUUAACAGCUGCCAAAGGGAGCAGGUGAAACUUCAUCAUUUCAUCUCAACAUCUGGAAAAGCUUUACCUGUUAAACUGUAUUCUCUCUUUUAGACUGUUUCUGACAGUUCAGAUUCCUUUAACAAUAUAUAUGCAGCAUUUUAUCGGGAUCUUGAUGCAUACCGGAGACUGUUGCUUGACACAGAUGCCAUCAACUGGGACCAAGCCUUUUCUCUCUGUGGUAACAAGUUGUUCUUUCUAAGGAAGGAGUUAUGAGAUAAGGAGACUCAGUUUAGUUACUUAAUCUAAAUUUGAUGAGGAAAUGGAAGUGACAAAAGUGAAUGUAAUGGAGAAACAUGAGCAAAAUAAAUACAAAACAAUACAUGGGGUGGCAGGCGGACACAUGAAUUAGAUUCCAGGUUUUUCUGGAUCUGGGUAUCUGAGAAGCUAUCUUGCCUCCUACAGUCCACUCCAGUCUCAUGAGGAUUGUUUUUUUAAAAUGAAAUGUAGAGAACUGAACUGAGAAAUUGAGAGAAAUUAAAAGUGACAGAUUUGCUCUUCCCUACAGACUGCACACGUAUUUUCUCCACAGCACCACAAGUACAAUAGAACUUUUCACUGUCCAAGGGCAGAAAGAGAGCAACCUACCUUGGAUGACCAUCUGAGUGAUAGCAGUUCAAUAUAUGUGUACCUAACAAUAUAUGUGUUGCGUCACCCAGCAACACCAUUCUCUUUCUGAUUUUUUACUGCUUUGUACAGGGAACCAUGAUGGGAUACAUGAGGUCUCUAAAGAUGCUGUUGUUCUCAAGAAAGUCCAGUUGACUGCAAUUCCCUACUUCAUCUACCUGAACGCCAAACCAGAUAAACAGCCUCAGCCCCGGUGAGUGUCCAUUGUGCUCCCUACUUCCUGGUUGAGGCAAAGGCUAAUCUGUGUGCUUCCAAUAGGAGAAUCUCCAUAGUCAAAGUUGGAUGGCAGUCUGCCAUGGAUACUUUAGUUGAAAUUCCUGCAUUUCAGCGUCCCUUCCAACUCUACAAUUCUAUGAUUCUGCCUAUGGACAAACCUGGCAUUCACUCCUUCUUGUAGUUGGGAUAGCAAAGCACCAAAGGCGGCACUCCAAAGGGGUAGCGUUGCCCACUCUAGAAAGGAAGGAGGAAUGCCACACAAAAGGCGAUUUGCAUCAGGGGUCUAGUUUACAAAAGGCAUCCCAAGAGCAGAAUGAGCAGUUCUUUCUGUGACAGGCACCAUCUUAGAUGAGGCAUGCUCUGCUGGGGUGAGAUUGAAGGGAGGGGAACACAACUAAUCAAACAGUUCCUGAUAUAUGCCAUUUACACACACACACACACACACACACACACACACACACACAAUCAGUUAGGGGGAUGCAUUGUUGGUUGCUUCUAACAGGUAUCAGUUGGUCAUUAGUCCAAACUGCUGGAUGUUAGGGCAAACAACAAGGAAUCAGUAUCAUUUUCAUGCCAGCUUGCUGGUGGUUUUGCCAGGGCAUCUGUCUGGAGUGCUGGACUAGGGAGACUUUGAGGAUGAGCCAAGAAGAUAAUUUCUGCAUUCAUGUUCAGCUCCCUCCUCAUUGCUCAUCUUUCUGCUCUCCUAGGCUAGAUCCAGGCUUCACUUUUUCCUCCUUAAAUAGCUCCCACAUUGACCUGCUGGAUGAAACCUGGCACUAUGGGGGCAGUGAACACAGCCGGAAAUAUUUGGCCAACAUGGUGCGAUGUUUCCCCAGUACCUGCAUCCUGGACUCCAAUGGUCAUCCUAUCAGCUGGAUCAUCACGGAAUCUUGGGGCGCAGCUGCACACAGCUAUACCCUUCCAUCCCACCGCCAAAGGGGCUAUUCAUCUAUGGUGCAGAGGGAACAUGGCAUGCGUGUCCAUGCAGCUGGCUUCCCUGUAUAUGGCCAUGUUGCCCUAGAUAAUACCCCCCAGCACAAACUGAUGGACUCCCUGGGCUUCCAAAGAUUAUCUGAACUGUGUCAUUACUGCAUCCAUUCUCCAGCUUCUCAGUGA